UGAUAAUAUACUGAGCUGCGUCUGCUUUCAAUUAGUUUCUUCCAAAAAUUAAAAAUUCGGUUAGUGGAAAGUAUUUUUUUAGAUUGUAAAGAAGAAAAGAUGUACUGAACAUUAAGUGAAUUACUUAAUAAUAUAAUUUUGGCGUUGAAACACCUAGAAGCACAACUCAUACUCACGCAUCGCUCUUCUGUGCAUUGUUGCUGGACUGGCUUGUGCCAAGCAGAGGAAUAAAACACCAAUCGCAGUACAUUAAUUAAAUAAGCAGCCAAUAUGUUUGUUGAUGAUGAGGGUGAACUUUUUAACCCGUUCAGCAUUGGACCAGCCGAAAGUGGGAAACGAUAUGAGUACAAGAUGCCAAGCAGUCCAACAUAUCCGCCACCUGUGUUUGCUACAUGGCCGGCACCGAAGGUGCCCACCAAUAGAUCGGUCUCGCAGUGUACGUUUGUCAAGCAGGCGGCAGCUGCUAUGCAUAACGAGCAAUCCCAAAGGGGUGAAGUAGCUAUUUCCAAAGCCAUUAAUGAAGAGAUGGCCGCUUCAAAACAGCUUGCCUCUGUUGGCGAGCGCAUCGAUGCGGGCGGCCAGUCCAAAACGACUCUGUCAAAUACUGGUCCUAAGGAAAAGUCCGUGACAACGUUGAUGCCCGUCAGGGAGCACCGCGCCUCAUCGCCAUCAAGUGGCCUUUCCCGUUUAAGCAUCGCUCUAAGGGCGACCUCAAAAAAGAGUCUUAACUCUCAGCAGAGCACAGCCAAGUCGCAUGUUAGCCAGAUUCCCGCUAAAAUUUCCAGCAAGAUGAGUGCGAACUCGUAUAAUAGCAAUCAAACACUUGUGCCCAACACUGAAUUAAAACACUUAAAAGGUUCUUUAAAUAUAACUGAGAGCAAGGACUCGAACGCAAAACACUCGGACAAUGUGUCGCGCAGUAGCCAACGAGCAGAUGCAGGUCAUACAGAGGAUGCAAUUUCUCGUGUCUCUAUGAAGUCUCAGGCAGAAAAAUUUCAAGCAGACAAGAUCUCAUUAAGGUCUAAAGCAAGUACAGUUCAUGCAGAUAAUGCUUCCCGUGUUACUGCCCAGUAUAAGGCGAGUGACUACCGCGCUGACACAGUUUCCCGUGCUUCCGUCCUGUCCAAGGCUCAUGAUAAACGGGCAGAUAAUAUUUCCCGAGUUUCUGUUAAGUCCAAGACUAGUGAACACCCAUCCAAAGCUGGCGACCACCGAGCAGAUAAUAUUUCCCGAAUUUCGGUCAAGUCAAAAGCGAGUGGCCAUCAGGCAGAUACAGUUUCUCACCUUUCGACGGCUGCCCACGCGGGGGAUUAUGUCUCUCAAAGCGACGGAAAUAAGGUUGAAGAUAAAUCGAAGCCGAAUACCAGUAACAAUCCCCCGCUGAAGGAGGUUGCUGAGACAGUGAAAAAAGAGCUGGAACAGUCUAUGGCGACUUCAAAGACCCUGGCCAAAAAGGCAGCCGAGCUUAGUGAGCGCCUUAAAGCUGGAAAUCAGUUCAAGCACAAUCGUUUCCACUCUCUGAUUCGCAUGUAUACAAACACCGAACCCUUAAAGAGAUGCCGCGAAGAUCGCAUGUCCUUUUGGUUCAAGGACGCAGUUCUUUCCUAAUCAAAUUCUACCCUGUCCCAUGACUUAACAAUUCACGUUCAAACAUUUCCAGAGCCUUAAGCAAAAUUAUAAAUUUUAGCAAUAUAAAAAGACCUAUGCAAUUUAAGAUGCCCUAAUAGAACUUACCCACACUUUCAAAUGCAAUAUUAAAAUAUAAAAGUAAAAUGUGUCGCAUGAUUUGCGGUUCAGCAUUUUGCUGACAUUUCGUAUCAUUAAUUUAAAUGCGCUAAAUUCUGCGGUCGGCUGCGAAUUGUGCAGUGUGCACAAUGCGCUGCGUCAUAAAAUAUGCAAAAACAUUUGUUUAAUUUGCGCAGAAGCUCACCGAAAAGCAGAAAAAAUGAAUUUAUUAUGGUACUUACAAAUCUGAAAUGUGCUUAUCGGAGCCUUAUUAAUAUUAACGCAAGGAUAUUUACUUUUAUCCAGCUAUUUAUUUUUGUUCGAGUGUUUUAGCAGG